GCAUCAGAUCCAGCCCGGGGCUGACUGACUGCCUGACUGACUGCCUGCCUGCCGCUGCGGUCGGAUCCUCCUCCGGGCGGUUAGCGGCGGCUCUCCGUGUCCACCUGCCGCUGGAUGAAGCUCCUUCUCGGGGCUUCUCUGUUCCCGCUCCUCCUGAAGGCAGGAGCCCCGCUGGAAGAUGGACGCUAACCCGGCGGUUACCGCGCUGAUUGGAAACCUUUCUUUUUAACUCCUCGCGCUUCUUUCUUCUUCAUUUUGGGGAUCUGAUAUUUUUAGGCCAAAAAUCAUCUCAAUGUGUGAUCAGAGCGGAAGCGGCGGCGGCUGUGAGGCUGCAGGUGGAUGGCCGACCUGAGCGCUUCAUCCCGAUCAUCAUCAGAGGAAAAUAAUAAUCAUCUUUAUAUUAAUAAAAGCCGCCAUGCUUCCCGGGGUCGGAGUGUUCGGAACCAGCCUGACCGCCCGGGUCAUCAUCCCGCUGCUGAAGAACGAGGGCUUCGCGGUGAAGGCGCUGUGGGGCCGGACGCAGGAGGAGGCGGAGGAGCUGGCCAAGGAGAUGAACGUUCCCUUCUACACCAACCGGAUCGAUGACGUGCUGCUGCACCAGGACGUGGAUCUGGUGUGCAUCAACCUGCCGCCGCCUCUCACCAGGCAGAUCGCUGUGAAAACUCUGGGUAUUGGCAAGAACGUCAUUUGCGAUAGGACCGCCACUCCUCUGGACGCUUUCCGGAUGAUGUCAGCUGCCCAGUACUAUCCAAAGUUGCUGAGCAUUAUGGGAAAUGUGCUGCGUUUCUUGCCGGCCUUUGUUCGGAUGAAGGAACUGCUGGAGGAAGGGUACAUCGGAGAGCUUCUGGUCUGUGAGGCCCAGGUCCACAGUGGCAGUCUCCUGGGCAAGAAAUACAACUGGAGCUGCGACGAUCUGAUGGGAGGCGGCGGAUUGCACUCGGUGGGCAGCUACAUCAUCGACCUCCUCACCUUUCUGACCAGCCAGCGUGCGGUCAAGGUCCACGGCUUCCUAAAGACGUUCGUUAAGCAGACGGACCACAUUCGGGGCAUCCGGCAGAUAACCAGCGACGACUUCUGCACGUUCCAGAUGGUGUUGGAAGGAGGCGCCUGCUGCACCGUCACCCUCAACUUCAACGUCCCCGGAGAGUUUCGCCAGGAGGUGAUCGUCGUGGGGACCGUGGGGAGACUGAUGGUCACCGGGACGGAUCUGUACGGACAGAAGAACAGCUGUGGGAGCGCUGGCGGUCCUGAGCUCCUGCUCAAAGACGCCACUCCUCUAGAGAAGUCCUCCUUGCCGGAAAAGGCCUUCAGCGACAUUCCGGCCCCUUACCUCACCGGGACGAUCCGAAUGAUCCAGGCCGUGCGGCAGGCCUUCCAGGACCAGGACGACCGGCGGACCUGGGAUGGGAGGCCGCUGACCAUGGCCGCCACUUUUGAGGAUUGCCUGUAUGCUCUUUGCGUGGUGGAUACAAUCAAAAAGUCCAACCAGUGCGGCGAAUGGCAGAACAUUGUGGUGAUGAAGGAGGAGCCGGAGGUGAGCCCUGCCUAUUUGAUCAGCGAGGCCAUGCGGCGCAGCAGGAUGUCGCUCUACUGUUAACAUCUAGACCUAAACCGCGGCCUUGGUCUAGUUUAAAGUUCUUCCACUGAGCUGCUGGAUUCAAUCUAAAACUCGUCUCUAGGUUUAUUUAAUUGUGCAUUAUUACUGUUACAGAGUUUAUGCCAAUGUGAUGCAGAUAUCUGUGGUUUUGCUGCCUAAAAAAGUUGGAUUAUUAACAAUCAAACUUUGUAUUUAUAAAAAAGCUCCUUCUGUUUUGUUUUUUUAUUGUUAUAUUUGUUAAGGACUAGAGUCCUCCUGCUGGAUGCAAUUGUAAACAGACUAGUUGUCAACAGAACGGCAUUGGAACCGCUUACUGGUUGGCUGGUCAACCACUAACGACGGCCUGUCAGGGAUCUGCGUCUGUGUCGUCCUGUUAAGACGAGGCUUGAUGGGUUUUAACCACCCCUGCUUGAGCAAAUAAGUAUUGUGCGUCUUCUCCCUGCGUCCCUCCAGCGACUCGAUGAAUAGGUGUGGAAACACAGUACCGUACACUGUGGAUCCCAACAAGGAUAGCCAAGGAAGAACCGUAAUCUUCUUAAAAUGUGCCGCUCCGUUCUUCUUCUUCUUGUACUCUCGCUAGUUUUACCAAGUGAAUGUCUGAAAAGUCCGUGCGCUUGAUAGUUUCUGUCUGUUUACCGUUUAUUCUGCUGUGUGAAACAGUGGAAAUAAUAAAUCUGGAGGCUUUAACCUUCUGGUUGAUGUAUGCAAUAGAAGAAGGCUUCGGCCUUAGACCAAGGGGGAGAUCUUAUGCCUUUAUGCAGUUGGCUGUGCAUUAGCCUUUAGCUCUGUACGAGUGAUGAUACUUAGAUUUUACCCUAAUUUAUUGCUUUCUAUUUUUGUUUAUAAGUGUAGCUCAUAUUUAAUGCUAAGCUAACCUUGACUGCUGCUGCUGGUGAUUAUAUUCCUGUCCAACAUGCCUGAACGUUCAGUAAAACUGCAAAGUUUUCAACCAGUGAACUAUGUAGCACAGUGUGGUCAACCAUUGACAUAUAAACAAAUAUAUGAGGCUCUAUUACAUAAGGUUGGGGAUAUUCUCUGUCUUUUUGGGCGGG